GCACACGGCGAUGAUCACAAUGACAAUGAUAAUGGCGGUGACCGCGAUAGAUUAGGACUCGCCCGCGAAGAACCAAUGUCGCCGCCGCCGUCGUCGUCAUCGUCGUCGUCGCUGUCGUCAUCGUCCUCAGCUGCUUCUCCCUUUUUCCCUUCUCUCCUACCCUCUAUAACCCCAAAACCACCCACACAGCCUGCCCAUCUGCCUGCGCUGUGCACUCUACACUACAACGCUGCACUGCAGUACACUUACACCACACCACACUACAUACACAGCCAUGUAGUCGUCAAGUUAGAUCGGCUCCGCGACUCGGCCCCCGUCGUACGGCCAUAGACGGCCAUAACUCGCCCUUUCGCGCCGAGUCAUACCUGCAUGGCAGUCUCCAUGCGGUAUCCCAUCGUCUCAGCGCUUUGGUUGGCCCACUCCGCAUUGAUCUGGCUGCUUACAUCCUGCCGGAGUCCCUCGCGAUGCCACCCACCUAUCGGCCCGCAAAUGUCGUAUACACUUCUCGGUCGUCCACUGAGAGCCUCCUGUCUAACCCCUACCUCCUCCUCCUCCUCCUCUCGACCUUCACCAAUGCCUCCGCCCGUAUACUGGCCCCUCUCCGUCUCCCUCUUGCUUUCCCCUAGUCCCCUCCAUCCCUCCAUCCACACCACAUAUCAUCCAUAUAUGCCUACAUAGCAUGUCUGCCUAUCCGCGUCUGGAUGGCUUCAUUUCUGAUAGCUGACCCCUAACGCCGACGCUCCUCUACGCGUAGAGCCGGCGCAAACCAUAGAUUGGCCGUUGGCAACAACCCUGCCUUGCUUAGAAGUACUGGCUACGAGGCACGACGAGCAGGCCUACGUCCCCUUCUCCCACCCCUUAUUUAGCCUAUGGCAAGGUCGGCUGCAGCUUGCAGAUUGUCAUAACAUCGGGUUAGACAGAGUCGCCCUCUCGAAGCCUCGUGAUUUCCGGUCGUGUCGUCUGGGG